CUGCGCGUUUACAAGUCUGGUCGUAUGGAGCUUGUCUUUGGCUCUGUUCGGUUCGAGCUCAAGCAAGGAACCAAGUCAACCUUCGCCCAGGAGGUGGUCGCCAUUGAUCCCCACUCCAAGUAUCCGACGACCGUGUGUCUUGGUUCGCUGCGCCGCCGAUACACCGCCAUCCCAGACGUGCAGCAGUUGCUGGAAAGGACGACGUUGUGAAGUGACUCGUUGGCUGUAUUAGUAAACAUCCUACUCAU